AUGUUUCGAACACCGGAAAAAUGCAAUUCUGAUUCCAACCUGCCUAAGAUCCCCGACGACAAAGAAACAUCGCCUCCCAGUUUUGUCAGCUCACGAAUUAAGAGAAAGCGCUCCGAAGAAAUUCUGACCGAUUUAGCGGACUUUAAGGCAGAAAUGAAAGAAAUUACUUCAUGGAUGGAUCAACAAAACAGCGAAAGAACAGAAAUAACAUCUGCGUUGAGAUCCAUAGAGGAAUCACUGACCUUUCUCUCAACCAAAUACGACGACAUGUGUAAAAAAGUGGACCUUAUGGAGCAAGAGAGGCAUAAACAGAAGGAAUAUAUUACUAUACUUGAAAAUAAGGUGGAAAAUAUCAUGAAAGCCCAACGUAAAUGUUCAUUUGAACUGAAAAAUGUCCCAAGAUCGGUAAAGGAAUCCAAAGAAAUGUUGUUGAGCAUGCUGUAUGUUGCACCUAUGUUCUGUUAA